ACCGCCCUGUCACGGGACGGCGGGUUGAGGAGAGUCCGUUUCGCUGCUGCCGCUUUCGGUCAUGCUGCGGCUCCUGUUCCCGCUGGCCGCCUUGUCGGCGCUUCUCCGGGCAGCGGCUUCGUUGACCCAAGGCAUCUCUUCAUAACCACAUUGUUGCCUACUGGAGACUUCUGCAGAACAGAAGGGAACGAUCAGGAAGCAAAGAUGAUCUCCUUCAAGCAACUGCCUCUUGAAGCAAAGGCUGCAGUGGUUGCAGGAUUGGUUUUCUUCUCCAUGAUGCUGUCGCGGAGUUAUCUGGCAGAACAAUUCGAGCUCAGGACGCGGCGUUGGCUUUUAAGGCUGCAGAUGGCACUAUUUGCUAACGCGCUCAUGUUGAUAGGAUCUCUUCAUGUUUGGAGAAGCACAGUCACCACGUUCUCCAGGUCUUCAGCUGCCAGCUCAUUCUAUUUCAUUCCAUGGAAAAUAGCUGUGUUCAUGUUUCUAGCUUUGGCUCACUCAAGCUUCUUUACACUGCUAUUUCUUGUCGCAGAAGAGCCCUAUUUCUUUUCUUUAGCUGCUUACACUUGCCUGGGGGCCUAUAUCAUUCUUAUCUUCUUCCUCUUCACUCUAGGCUCUGUAGAGCAGGCUUACAAGUUCUUGGCUGGGAGAGGCACUAAGGCAGGUACUGGCAACAAGAACAGCAGAACGGCUAUGAAACCAGUUUUGGCAGUUAUGCUGACUGUUGUGCUGACUAUUGUCGGGCUAUUAAAUGCUUCCCGGCCUCCCACUGUGAAUUCAGUGGAGGUUCCAGUUCACAAGCUGCCCUCAUCAAUGAAUAAUCUGAAAGUGGUGUUGCUUUCAGAUAUCCAUCUGGGGCCUACAGUUGGGAAGACGAAACUUGCCAUGAUCGUGAGAAUGGUUAAGGCUUUGAAACCAGAUAUCACCGUGAUUGUUGGGGACCUGACUGACUCUGAGGCAGAGGUCAUACGACCUGCUGUCGAGCCUCUUGGAGAACUUAACUCCCCUUUGGGGACUUACUUUGUCACAGGAAACCAUGAGUACUACACAUCAGAUGUUAGCAACUGGUUUGAGUUGUUAAAAUCAUUUAACAUUCGGCCGCUCCAUAAUGAGAAUGUGAAGAUUGUUUCACCGAAGAGCACUGAUGACUGGUUCUGCCUGGCUGGCGUUGAUGAUAUUGAAGCAGAUGUGUUGCGCUACUCGGGGCAUGGCAUGGAUUUAAAAAAAGCUCUCAGAGAUUGUAGCAGUGAGCAUGCAAUAGUGCUGUUAGCUCAUCAACCGGUUGCUGCGAAGUGGGCCCUUCAGGAGAGACCAGACAUAAAUUUAAUUCUCUCUGGUCAUACUCAUGGAGGGCAAAUCUUCCCACUACAUGCUGGGGCUUAUUUUCUGAAUCCUUUCUUUGUUGGCUUGUACAAAGUUGGGCAGAACACCUUUGUCUACGUUAGCCCGGGGACGAUGUACUUUGGAAUACCCAUGAGGCUGGGCAGCAGAGCUGAAAUAACGGAGAUAAUUCUACGUUCUCCUUGAGGACCUUUCCAUUUGGCAGACUUCUGCCAUCCUUUUUGGUCAGUAUACUGGCUCUUCUGCUCUGAAGGCAAAUCCUUUUUCAGGGAAGCCAGAGAAGAUGUGUUAGGGUGGACUUCAGCAGAUUCUGUUAAGUUUGAGCAGAAAACACUAACUCUGUCUUGGGCCUAUGAAACAAAUUGGGGCUGUUAAAAUACUGAAGAAAUUAAUUAUUUGAGUUCAUUAUUAUUGAGGUUCUGCACUUAAAGAUAACACUGAUGUCACGGAGAUAAUGUGUGUCCUGUGCUUGUUUAAUAAUAUCUGUGUCCUGCAGCUACUUCCUGUUCCACUGUUUAUUACCCAUCAGGCACUGCCUUAUCAGAUCUCGGGCAGGUGAAGUUCUGAUCUCUUGCAGUGAAAUCGCACACGCAUGUUUUGUGGAAGGGACUACAGAACUGAGUAAGCAAACUCUAAAAGCCUUAUGCUAGAAAUCUUAAGGGAAGGGAGUAGUUUUGAUUUGUUUUUUGGUUUUGUUUUUUUUUAAUUGAGGCUGGGUGUCUUUAUCCUGCUAUCUGUCUGCAGCAUGCACUAGAGCUUCCAGUCUGAGCUGCUUACUGGUACAGUAAGGUGCCAGGCAUCAUUCCUGAAAUUCAUUUUUUUCCAGUUGAAAAGCUGGGGAGAUUAAUAUAAAAGGGUGAAAGUAGCUGUCUUUCUGCUGGCAUUUCCCCCCAAAUAACUGGGCAUCUAGUAAUUACUUACUGAAAAUACCUCUAAUAAAAGCAAAUGAGAAAGAAAACUCGUAAUUAACAUAACUUAUGUUGCUGUCUGAGCAUACAGUACCUGCUGAUGUAAAGCACAAAAUCCAAAGCUGAAAUACUCAGGCUCUUUUCAUUCUGUAUUUUUUUUAGUUAAUGCUUAAAUUCUCUUCUGUGACUUUUCUCUUAAAAAAGUAAGGAGAUGCUAUUUGAAAACAAUGUAGAUCGGUUAAUGCUUGAAUUUUGUUUAAGGUUUUAAUAUUUCAAGUAAACAGUGUCCUUUUGAAGAAGACUAAACUCUGCAGCGGGUGACUUUCCUUAAUAGCAUUUGUGCAUCUAUGUCCUCGUUGUCUUGUAGGCAUGUAACAGAAUAACUGCUACAGGAUAAUGAGGGAUGGAGAAGUUCUCUCUGUCUUUCCUAGAAGGGCUUAACAUAAAUGAAUAUCAUUCUGGGAAGUCUGAGAGAUUAGAAAAUAUUAAUAAAAGCAUUUUUACUUCCAUGUCGUGUAAGAAAGCCAGGAUGUAAAUUAAUGUGCGUAUAUUGUUCAGAUUGAUGGAGUUACUUCUGUAUAUCUUCUUCUCUCCUCCCCUUCCAUCUCAGUGCAGCUGUAUGAAACUCCAUGAACAAUACAAGUCUGGGGAUCCUGCCCCUGACUCUGAGGUCUCCAGCUGUAGCUUGCUCUGCCUUUCUGCUCACCCGUACCUGGUGUUCUCUUGGGCAGACCUGCGUGGCAUAGGGCAGAAGAGAUCAGUGCUUACAUGGGAGGCUGAGGAUGGCAAGACCAGAACUGCAGUGUUCAGUCUUUUCCUGCCUUCCUGUGUGUUCCUGAACCAGGCACACUUCUGUUUUAUUCUUCAUCUCCUGCUCUUGCUUUGCAGGAGGUGUGUGGGGUUGUAUUUGAAGAGUACCAUCGACUUUGUAAAGUUGAGAUUUUUCUGGAAGUGAAAUUUUGAAGUUUCACUUCAUCCAUUCCCUUCAGCCCUUCCCCCAGGCAGAAUUUCCAACUGCUAAGCUGUUUUUGUAUCCUGUUCCUCUGUACAAACAUCUUGCUUUUUUUAGUCUCAGGAAUAUUGAGAAAUACUGUAAAUGCAUAAUAUGCGCUGGGAGGUUGGUGGAAAAGGUGGAGAAGUCAGUCCUCUUUUAGUCUGAGAACUGAGCACCUGACCAGCCAGGCUCUUCAUGUGCUGGACUAGAUAAUUUCUGUUUUCCAGCAUCUAUAAUUUUGGAAACUUUUUUUAUGCUUGUGCAAUAAUAUCCACUUAAGUAUCCUAAAGUUUCCAUGUGUAUUUAACACUGCCUGAAUGGAGUCCUUCUGAGGUUCUUUCCCAUCGGUGGCUUAGUGUUGAAUGGUUUUACGUAGAGAGAAAAUCUUGAUAGCCUUGAUACCCUCUGUUUACUUAAUCAACAUGCCUUCAGUUAAAAACUGCGUCCUGGGUUUAAUAGUGCAGAGUAUUCUUUCUAGGCCAGUGGUCCAGGAGGGUAGCUUGUCAUUUGUUAUGCUGAAGGUUAUUAACUGUGUUAAGAAGACUAAUUGUUUAGCUAGUUUCCUAAUCAGGAGGCUUUUGUGGGACUGGUUUUAGAUGGUGUUGGUUUCCCGGCAAGUUGCUGGUAUUCUUUUUUUCUUUUUUUCCUCUUACUGUUUUUAUUUAUCUCCUCAUUCUGUCCAACUGUGUGGAAAGAUCUAGCUGAAGUGGUCCUUCAGUCGCAGGGGGGCACAGAUGAAUUCUUCAUUACUUUGUAUGUGCUCAACUUUGAAUAUCUUUGUGUAUUCUUUUAGGAACAGAUACACAUCCUUUAGGAGUGGUCAUAUUAUCAUUUCAUAAAUUUAUUGAGUUCUCUCAAUGUAACUUAGUUCUUGGUUUUUUGAUUGAUGAUUCAUUUUCACUUAAAAUGUUUUCUUUCUGUGCCAAAACACUUCAAAGCCUUUCGUUAUUUUGCUUUUUGGAAAAAAACUAUGAAUGGAAGGUAUCCUAGAUCAGCUUCCUUUUUGAUAGUAUGAGGAAUGAACCUUUUCUAAAAUCUCUAAGACAGAAUCCCUAAUUGUCCUUUAAGGCUUUUCCUAUACUUUUUCCAAUUUGACUUGAAUGUGCAUGAUUUAGACCUGCGUUCAGUAUUCCAGAUGAAAAAAAAUUGCUGUGCUGCUUAUUUUGUAUUUUUUAAAUAUUUUUUGUAUUGUUUUUUUUGUCUGUGGGGAAUGUAUUUGAUCUGGAGAACUUAACUAAAUGAAUAUAUAUUUCUUCCUAUAAAAGGCCAGUUAAUUGGAGGGGGGGAGUUUAUCACACCAGAAUAGAAUAGCCUCAUCACUUUGUGAAAGUUAUAUUUAUUGCAUAAUAUAAUCAGUAUAGAGUGGAUUUGAAAAUAUGUAAACUGUGGUAUAACAAAUGCUUUAAAUGUUGGGAUUUAAUAAAACUUUAUUCACUUAUCAAGAAAGAUGCCUCUAAUGAUGUUUUAUUUUAUACCAAUAUUUAUUGUAGCAGUACAUGAUGAAUAGUUUUAACACACUAGUUCUAUUUACCAACAAAAAGCUACUGACAAUAAAUCUGAUUAGUUUUGGAAAAUCUUACACCCACGCUGCUCAGUGAGGCGUGGUGGAAAGUGGGAAAGGUAAGGCCACUACUAAAUUUACCUAGUGCCUACUAAGGGGACAAAGUGCAGGCUGAAGAGAUGAGGAUGUGAUGCUGAGAAAAGAAGCACUGCAAGGGCAGAGAAAGGAUACUAAGAGCGUUUUGUUUUGUUUUGUUCUGUUUUUUUUUUGAAGAAGCAAAAGAAAACAAGAGUGGUUUGUGGUUCUCAAUUUUGAUACUUAAGCUUUGGUGUAGAGGAAGAGGAGUUCUUUGUUUGAAUGGUCUACAUAAGAG